ACUAACCAGGCCUUGACUGUGUCUAAUUAAUUAGUAGUAUCUGUUAGCUUAAUCCCCCCCCCCCUCUCUUCAAGACAAGAAAUCCCCAGCCCCCCUCAACACAACACCACCUUCCAUGGGUACCAGCCAGCUUAGGACACAAUGCCUGAUCCAUAUCAUGCAGUUGAGGCUCGGAUUGAGCAGGCGAUGGACGCGUUGCGUCAGAAAGAAUGUAAGACCGUCGCCUCGAACAUUCAACGAGCCGUAUGCGCGUCUCAACGCCCGCAGGAAGGGUAGGAAGAGCCGGUCCACACGCCAGGUCAAGCGAAAGCUGUCGGACGCGCAGGAACUGGCCCUGUGUGGAUAUAUUGAGGAGCUAGACGAUGGGGAGACCCCCAUCGUGAGCAAACUGCUCCGUGACCACGCCAACUACCUCCUGGAGGAGGACCAUGGUGAUCCAACCACGAGCCCGCCUACAAUCGGCGAACAUUGGCUGAGUAGGUUUCUCCAACGGCACCCGGAGUACCGUCAUCUCAGAGAUCGUGGCAAGGAGCAGAAGUCCUCGCGAAAGGAUGAGCAGCGACCCACAGACCGCUUCGACGUCUAUAAAGAGAAGCUUAAAGAACUUGGGCGGGGCUCGUAUCGUUUCCAGACAAGCUUAGAGAGGCUGCUCAAAGAGAGCCUGGCUCAGGCCGAGUUGAUUAAGGAGCUACAGCAAGAGGUUGCCGCUCUAUCGCAGGCCGUCAUGGAAGAAGAGGCGGAACAAGAGGAAGAAGAGGAAGAGGGGGAAGAGGGGGGCUCUUGACUCAGCGGUAUCCGUCCGGAGUACUGGGAUUAUAGAUAGUAUAUAGCCAUUCGUAGAGGAUAUCCAUAGAAGCUACUGUAGGACUGUUACGCGUUUUUGUUGGAGUGACCAGAUGGGAUCAUUCAUAUCAGGAAAUAUUCCAUGUUUCCAUUAUCAUAGCUAGCUUUCCUAUACCGGUCUCAAUCACCGACAGAUCUUGAUACUACUCCAAUGAACAGGCUAAAGGUCAAAUAUAAUUAUAAGAAAACCCCUCGAGUAUAUGAGCCAGGGACUGAGAUGAUUAAACAA